UGCUGUAGAUAUUGACUAUUUUAUAGGAGCUUAUUACCUCUUUAUAAAUGUCCAACACUUGAUCCCGUUACUAGAGACAACAUGAAAAUACUGUUCCCAGAGUUCUUGAUAGAGGAUCCAUCUGCUCCGAUCGUGCCUAUGCCCAAACCAGCUGUUCCUCAACCAGCACAGGCAACAACGCCAGGGUCAGAAAGUAAAAGGCUAGAGCACAAAGAGGAAGAAGAAAGUGUACGUCAUGCAGUAGCUAUAGAAAAUGAUGCGGAUGUAGAUGAGUUCUUGUAUGGGGAGUCUGAGAGUAAGAAUACGACUCCAAAGCAAGAUACGUUGCCAGAAGUUGGUGUUGAAGAUGAGCCAAUGGAAGACGCUCCUGAGACUACAGUUGAAGAUUAUGCAGAAACUACAAAAACGGAAAAUAAUGAGCUUGAUACGAAAUCAACACGAGAAGAAAACCUUGAAAGCCAGAUGGAGAGCAUGCAAGAAGCUGAAGAAGAAAAAGAAGAAGAAGAAGAAGAGGAGGAGGAGGAGGAGGAAAAAGAAGAAGAAGAAGAAGAGGUAGUGAAUGUAGACGAAGGACUACAAUCAGAUCAAUCUUAUUGGAUCUUCGGAGACUCACUAAAACGAUUCAAGGAUGCUUGCUCUAACUUAAUAAACGCUCAAAAGAGUGAUGACGAAGAAGAAUACACUUUACAGCUGGUCAUUGCCAAACGCAGCAUAAAAGAUAUCGUUGCCGUAUUUCUUAAGAUGGCAAUUCCUACAGAAGUACUUGUACCGACUAUUAGUCCAUUUAUUCGCAAUAUGGUAUUUCUUAACCGAUAUCCUCCUACGUUUGUAAAAGAAUCAGAAGAUACAAAAUACACAGUAUCAGAAGAUGUUAUCUUGUCAGAUAUAUCCAAAGACGUAUUUGAUUUCCUUAUGACUAUGUUUUGGAACUUGAAGGAUAAAGAAGCUGAAAGUGAAAAGAUGGUCAAAUUACUGAGCUGUAUUGCACAAGGGGCAAAAAGCAAAAAGAAAAAGCACCUUAUAGGCAUGCGAUGGUGGUCAUUUAUAUCUAAACAGAUUGAGCGUGAUGAAGACGAGAAUAGACCUGAUGAAUGGUUUCCAGAUAUUGUGUCUCAUUAUGAAACGUAUGUGAUGCAUGUAUAUACAAUAGAAAAAUCAACCGAAGAUGUAGUCAGUUUUCUUGGAAAGUGCUUGACUAGUGAUUUACAAGUAAGGGAGUUAUACUCUAGAGUCUACUUUUUGCUAACCUUCUUGUUUGCUAUAGUCACUCGCUGCACAAAAUGUGAUAGACUUUAAUAACCUUAUACCACUGUUAUACCGAUAUUUACCAAAUGUUCUAAUUGGUAAUUUAGAAGUACUAAAACUGACAUUGAUGAUGCUUUUGCCAAGUCGAGUAAGUAUGAUAUUCAAUAGAUUGAGUCAAGGAACUAACUUGAAAUAGAUGGGACAAAUGGUGUGUGAUCUACACUGUGGGACUUUACAAAUGUUUGGCGAACAUAUUGAUCCAAUAUUUGUAGAGACUUCUCUAGCAGUUUCGUGUUAUGAGACAAUGUGCUUCUGGCAGUUAUUAGCAGCAGAACUUCAAGGGAAAACAAAAUUAGUGA